AUGGCCUCAGAACCACCACCGCCCGAACUCUUCACAAACGCCCGCGUCUUCCUCCUCAACCCCUCAGCAACACUCACCACGGAGCCCACCUUCGCCGAGGCCAUGCUCGUCGCCGACGGGCGCAUCGCAGCAGUCGGCGCCGCCGCCGACCUCGCCUCCGCGCACCCCACCGCCCGCGUCACCGACCUCGCCGGCCGCACCGUGCUGCCCGGCUUCAUCGACGGCCACAUGCACCUGCUCCUCCUCGGCCAGGGCCUCCGCAAGCUGUCACUCGACGCCUGCACCUCCCUCGAGGAGAUCCGCGCCGCCAUCAAGGCCUUCGCGGCGGCGAACCCGGACGUGCCGCGCAUCAUGUGCAAGCUGUGGACGCAGCAUGUCACGCCGGGUGGUGUGGACAGGCAUAUGCUGGACGACAUUGACCCGAGGCCCAUCUUUAUUGACACCAAGGACUUGCAUUCAACGUGGUGCAACACGGCGGCGGUGAAGGAGCUCGGAAUUGAGGACAUGAAGGACCCCGUGGGAGGGAAGAUCCAUCGCGACGCGGAGGGGAAGGCGACGGGCUUGCUGAGCGAGGCAGCGGUGCUUACCCUCGUCUGGCCUCAUCUCGCACAGGUCGCGCCUAAGAGGGACAGGAUGGACGCCAUCAAGGCAGCAGUGGAAUCGUACAAUGCAUCAGGCUACACGGGCCUCAUCGAGAUGGCCAUGGACGAGCCGGCAUGGGACGCCGUGUGCUCGCUGCGCGCCGAGGAACCAGACCUACCGAUGAGGAUUCACGCCUACUGGCUCAUCAAGCCCUCGGAAACAGAAGAAGAGCGCUUCAAGCAGGUGGACCGCGCCAUCGAGCUCCACACGGAACUCAACAAGACAACCUCGCCCGACCUGCGCAUCGUGGGCAUCAAAGUCAUCACCGACGGCAUCAUCGACGCCUGCACAGCCUACCUCUCCGAGCCCUACGCCGCCGCCGGCUCCCCCACCCCUUUCUGGAACGCGUCAGACCUCAACCCCGUGGUGGCCCGCGCCGACGCCGCCGGGCUGCAGAUCGCACUGCACGCCAUCGGCGACGCCGCAAUCAAGAUGGCCGUCGACGCUCUCGCGACGCACGCAACCCCGGGCCGCCGCCACCGCAUCGAGCACAUCGAGAUGGCCUCGCCGGCGGACGCGCGCCGCCUGGGCGAGCUGGGGCUGACGGCGUCGGUGCAGCCCGUCCACGCGGACCCCGCGAUCCUCAAGGCGUGGCCGCGGCUGAUUGGCGCGCGCCGCUGCGAGCGCGCGUUCGCGUACCGCGAGUUCGCGGACCACGGGGCGCUGCUCGCACUCGGAUCCGACGGGCCCACGGCGCCCUGGGCGCCGCUGCAGAACGCGUACAUCGCGGCGACGAGGCGGUCCGCGAGGGAGCCGGGCUACGAGGUGGUGGUGAAUGAGCAUUUCAAAUUGGGCGUGUGCGAGGCCAUCACGGCCGGGGCGUAUGGGACGGCCAAGAGCGUGUUCGCGGAAGAUCGGAUUGGGAGCCUGCAGGAGGGCAAGGUCGCUGACUUUGUGGUUGCAGAUAUGGACUGGUCACCGCAGGGUCUGCUCAAGGGGGAGAUCAAGGCGACUUGGUUCGCGGGGAAGAGGAUGCACCACCAACUGAGUCUGUCGGCCCUCGCGUGCCUUGCGCCUCUGGUCCUCGCCCUGCCGCAGCCGCAGCAGCCGCCGGCGCCAUGUGCACCGGUCCAGAUCGUCGUUGCCCGCGGCAGUCUCGAGGCGCAGGGUGCCGGGCUCCUCGGCAACAUCGCCAACAAGUCGUCGAUGGCGAUUCCCGGCUCUAUCAUCACGCCGUUGGUGUAUCCUGCGCAGCUUGACCCGUACCCGCCUUCAGUGUCUGCCGGCGUCGGCAACAUGACACAGCUCCUCACUUCGCAAGCCCAGGCAUGCCCCAAUACCAAGUUUGUGUUGAUGGGGUACUCUCAGGGAGCGCAAGUUUCGCUUGAUACCCUCUGCGGAACGACAGACGGGCCCAACUUCAACGCCACCCAGGCGCAAGCACCGAUGCUUGGCAACAAGAUCGCAGCCGUCGUCCUAGUCGGCGACCCAACUAGCAUCGCAACGCAACCCUUCCAGAAGGGCACCGCCAAGAAGAACGGCAUCUUCCCCCGCCAAGACUUCGGCGCCUGCCAAGGUCUGACGUCCAAGUUCAUCUCCUUUUGCGACGAGACGGACCUGUUCUGCGCGUCGGGCCAGAACCUGACGGUUCACCUGGGCUACUUCCAGAAGCAGGACUACGUUGACCAGGCCGUCAACUUCGUCGCCAUGAACAGCAAGUAG